UAAACAAUUUAUCGUGUUAGAUUUCAAACGGGCACAUGCGCAGCAUCUUACGUCCAGGUUUGAUCCUGAGCUGAUCAUGGCGGGGCAGAUGGCGGUAAAUUUAGGAGCCAGUCUGUGGGGGCCACUCAAAGAGCUCUGGGAGACUGUAGAUGGAGCUAUCCUGAGGAGACAGACGGAGAGUGUCCACCUGUUGGACCUGCAGCUGAAAAAGCACAAACCACACUUUCUCUCACUCUUCAGGAACCCGCCAAAAAGUACAGACCAAAAAGAGAAGGUACGCAAAGCCAGCACAGAAGGCAUCGCCAUCCAGGGUCAGCAGGGGUCGCGGCUCCUUCCCGAGCAGCUUCUGACGGAGGCCUUCAUCCUCAGCGAUCUCUUUGACAUUGGGGAGAUGGCAGCCUUGGAGCUUCUCUUGACAGGUGAACAACAGCAGCCUCAGUUUCCAGGCCUGACUCGAGGUUUAGUCGCCGUACUUCUCUACUGGGAUGGAAAGUUGUGUGUGGCCAACUCUCUGCGCACGCUCAUCCAGUCACGCCACGGCAAAACGUUCACCCUGGAUUUAAGCGGUGAGCUGGUGGCUUUGACCACACGCUUCACAGAUGAGUUGAUGAACCAGGGGCUGACCAAGCGCAUCCUCGCCCUGGUGUCGGAGAUAAGCGUGGCGAAGGAGUUUGAGCGGCUGCAGAAGGAGCGAGGUCUGGGUAAUGAGAAGCACAGGAAGGAGGUCGGUGACCUCAUCAAAGAGUGCCGGCAGGCUCUGGCAGACAGCCUGUUUGCUUGGACCUGCCAGUCCCCUUUGACCAAAGACGACACCCUGGCCCUCAUCGGCCACCUGGAGACGGUUACGGCUCAGGCCGACGGGUCGCUGGACAGCGUGAACCUCGCUCUCGUGAUGGCGCUUCUCUACUGUUUGGACGUUAGUUUUAUAGAGCAAGGAACUGAAGACAGAGAAGAUCUUCUCCAGGCGUUGCCGUUGCUCACGGAGAGGCAGUACGUGUCGGCAGUGCACAGCCGUCUGAUGGACAACCAACCAUGGAAGCUCCCUGGACUGCAGGCUGUCUGCAAGCUUGCCUGGGCCCUGACUCUGAGGGUCCUGUCUCAACUACCACAGGGCUCAGCUUUAGUGGAAUUCACAGAAGCAGAUGAAGGCCUGGCUGACCAGGCUCUGCUGGGAGAUGUCUUCCUGUUCAUAAAGGAGGGCAUGCUGGGAUGUGACAACUUCACUCAGGAAGAGUUUUACAUCCGCCGCCUUCAUUCGCUCAUCACAGACUUCCUGGCUUUGAUGCCUAUGAAGGUGAAGCAGCUGCGGAACCGCGCUGACGAGGACGCUCGUCUGGUGCACAUCUCUCUGCAGAUGGACAGUGAGCUUCCGUCAUCUUUGAGGAAGGACUUGGACCACCUCAUGCUUCUGAUUGGGGAAUUUUACAGCAAAGAUCAGUUUGGGCUGGAGCUGGGACUGGAGUUUUGGUGUCCGACGGAGUCGCUUCAGCACACCACGCUGCAGGGAUCCUACCUGGGAAUGGCUCUGCAAAGGCCCCCUCAUAAACAGGUGGUUUUGUCCAAAUUUGUGCGUCAGAUGGGAGAUCUUCUGCCCUCCACCCUCUACAUUUCUUACCUGCGAAUGCUGAAAGGCCUCUCCAACGGUCCACAGUGCGCUCACUACUGCUUCAGUCUGCUUAAAACAAACGGAGCCACACACAGUGACAACAUCCAGGGAGUUUCGGGAAGCCCGGUCUCAUGGGAACACUUUUUUCACUCCCUCAUGCUCUACCACGAGAACCUGCGGCGAGACCUGCCUAACCCGGACGCGGCGCAGUACCGCCACCCGCCGCUCAGAGGCAUCACCCAGCGAGAGCUGGAGGCGCUGACCUCCUUCCUGCAGCUGCUCACCACCAUCAUCACAUGGAGCGAAAAUGCUCGGCUGGCGCUGUGCGAGCACCCGCAGUGGACCCCCGUGGUGGUGAUGUUGGGUCUGCUGCAGUGCAGCGUUCCACCCAUCCUGAAGGCGGAGCUCCUGCACUGCCUGGCGGCCUUCGGGAAGUCCCCAGAGAUUGCUGCGUCGCUCUGGCCGUCGCUGGAGUACACGCAGAUUCUGCAGACGGUUCGAGUCCCAGGACAGCGGCAAGCUGCAGGAAUAGAGGUGGAGCUGAGUGAGAUCGAGUCGAGCUCAGAGGAAUACCCGCUGACGCGAGCCUUCUGUCACCUGAUCAGCACCUUGGUGGAGAGCAGCAUGCCCGUUAAUCUGGGCGCCGGGCUGCGGGUGCCGGGCUUUCAGCCCUACCUGGACUUCCUACGCGAGUCUGUGUUCCUGCCCUUUACCACCAGGGCGUACCGGCGUCCGGCUGAGAAGUGGGAGGUGGCGGACGCCGUCCUGGAGGUUUUCCAUAAGCUGCUGCGGGACUACGAGCCGCAGCCCUCGGACUUCAUCCAAGAGAUGGUGGAGCUUCAGGGCGAGCAGGUUCCGACGCACAAGCUCCCGGGCCACAACAUCAUGUUCCACCUGCUCAACGAGUCCCCCAUGUUGGCGCUCUGUCUGAGCCUGCUGGAGGAAGGCGUACGCCAGCUGGACACUUACGCCCCCUUCCCCGGUAAAAAGCACUUGGAGUCGGCAGUGUUGCGCUGCCUGUGUCUUCUGGACUUGACUCUGCAGAAGGAGGUGGUGUUCAUGGACCUCCUCAGGGAGAGCCAGGCCUCCCUGCUGGUUUCUCCUCUGGAGCAGCUCCUUCAGGGCGUCAGCUCUCAGACCCGACGAGCCGAUCACAUUGUCAACAUUGCCAGGUAUCUUUACCACAGCAGCUCAAACCCAGAAGCGGCUUUCCAGAGCGCCAAAAUUCUGCGUCGCAUCGCGAACUACCCCAACAUCCAGAUGAGACUGGUGGGAGAUUUCACACACGACCAGACAGUGAGUGAGAAGCUCAUGGCUGGUUUUGUGGAGUGUCUGGACAAUGAAGAAGCAGAAGAAGCGUUAGAAACAGAAGACGAAUCGGAUUCCCAAAAGAAGGUGUCGAGAAUCCGCCACGAAACCCAGAUCCACAUCCUGAACCUGCUCAUCACCUCUUUGGAGCUAAAGUCGCCCAACCUGGCUCUUUAUCUUCUGGGCUAUGAAGUCAAGAAGCCCGUGUCCUCCACCAACCUCCAGGACCCGGGUGUGCUGGGAUGUCCGCGAAGCUGCCUGCACGCCAUCCUGAGCCUGCUGCAGAGAGGAACGGAGAAGAGGUCCGGGCCCGUCCUCACACAGCAGGCCCCACACCUGGCUGAGCUUUGCUACCAGGUGAUCUACCAGCUGUGUGCCUGUCCAGACACAUCCGGACCCACCAUGCGCUAUUUGAGGACCAGCCAGGACUUCCUGUUUUCUCAUUUGCAGCACCUGCCCUUCAUCCUGCCAGGGAAUCAGAUAGCCGCCCUCUCCCAGAUGUCCUGGCUCAUGAAAACCGCUGCCAUUGAGCUGAGAGUGACCUCGCUGAACCGCCAGCGCUCGCACACGCAGCGCCUCGUCAGCCUGCUGCUUGAUGACCAGCCGCACGCUCAGCAUGCAUCUGAAGGAGAAUCAGUCAUGGAAGAAGAAACCAGAUCCGUCAGCGGUUUCCUUCAUUUCGACACAGUUUCUAAGGUGCGCAGAAAGUUGCUGAGCGUACUGGAUGCCAUCGACUUCAGUCAGGACAUGCCGGAGCUGCUGCAGCUGGAUUUCUUUGAGCGCGCUCAGAUCGAGCAGGUGAUCUCCAACUGCGAGCACAUGAAUGAACAGGGACACACCGUUUGCAACGUGAAGCUGCUCCAUAGAGUGCUGGUCGCUGAGGUGAACGCUCUGCAGGGAAUGGCCGCGAUUGGACAGAGGCCCUUGUUAAUGGAAGAGGUGAACUCCAUCCUGCAGCAGGUGGUGGAGCGGAACCGCGUGCGGCGGAGUCUGAGCGCCAAGCGCCACGCUCUGCAGUCCUGGAGAAGUUUGGUGGAAACGCUGCUGAGCGCCUGCCCAGCUGAUCUCCUUCCUGCAGACGAGAGACAGCUCAUCAUCAGAGACCUGCUGCUGGAUCUGCAUGAUAAGGUGUUGUCAGAGGAUGCAGCGGGAGAGUUGAUGCCCAUCGUGGCGGGCGCUGUCUUCACUCUGACCGCCCACCUCAGCCAGUCUGUGCUGUCGGAGCAGCAGCAGGUGGCGGGACUCGAAGCGUCUUCGGGCUUUGCUUCCAUCGCCAACUCAGCCCUGCACCUGAUCCUCCGCAAGCUGCUGAAUUUCAUCCUCUGCACCGGAGGCGGAUACCAGCGCCUGCGAGCUCACCUGUACGGCUCUUUGCUGUACUACCUGCAAAUCGCUCAGAAACCCGAGGAGCCAGACACGUUGCAGUCAGGAAAAGCCAUGUGGGAGCGUCUGACGGCUCCCGAGGACGGAUUCUCCAAACUGCAGAGGGAGAACCUCGCCAUCAUCGAAAGCUACGGCAAAGCUCUCAUGGAGAUCGUGUGUAGGGACGUGUGUGACGGCCAUGAAAUCAGCAGGAUGCUGGCUCUGGCAGUGCUGGACCGGAUCCUGUCCAUAGACCGUCAGAACCAGUGGCUGGUGUACGUGUGCAACAGCGGUUACCUGCGCUCAUUGGUGGAGAGUCUGAGGCAGGAUGAUGUCGCCCUGCAGGGCCUUCUCACCCCUCAGCCCCCCGUCCUGAAACCUCUGUACCUGUACGAGAGCAAGAUGGCUCUGCUGACCCGCGUGGCGAAGACCUCCCAGGGCGCCGUGGAGCUGCUGCGCUGUGGCCUGAUGGCUCUGCUGAUGGAGUGUCAGGUGUUUGACAUGGUCCCUGACAGCGACGCACACAGACUGAUGAGAGACCCAUCGGGCUUCAUCCCUUCCCCUAUGGACCGCUACCGCCAGAUUCUACUACCAACCCUCAGACUCCUUCAGGUCAUUCUGACCUCUGUGUCCAUCAACCACCAGCAGGGGGCAGCACAGGUUCUCCAGUGGCUCAUCGUCCACGCAGACACUGUUCAGUCUCUGCUGCGCUGCCAGGAGCUCAGUCUGGGAGCUUUGCAGGAGCUGUCCUUGCUCACCGGCAUCAUCAGUAAAACCGCGCUGCCUGGCGUACUCGAGAUGGGCGGAGAGGUCAACGGCGCCGCUCUCCUGGAGUUCCAAGGUCACAUUACCAGAUUUCAGCGUCUGUGUCUGUCUCUGCUCAGCCGACUGGCUGGAAGUGAGAGGGAGAGGCUGUUGAAGCAGGCGGAGAUCGAAGCGCCCGCUGAGUCAGCAGAACGCAGGGAGGAGAUGGAGGUGGCCAUGCUGCAGGUGUGCGCCAACAUAAUGGAGUACUGCCAGACCCUCCUGGUGCAGAGCUCGGCCCAGGCUCAGUUCAGCAUCUGCCUCUUCAGCCCCUCAGGCGGCGAGCCGCCUGGCAGGGACGGAGGGCGCUCCGAUCUGUCCUCCUCUCUGCCGCCGAUGGUGUACUCCCGAGCCCCCAGCCUGGGGCUGGUCCUGUACCUGCUGAAGACCGCGGCUGGAGACUUCUUCCAGUUCCACCAAAGUCACAGGCAGAGUCUGGGGAAGCUGCAGGGCCUGGACCAGCUGCCCCCCGAGGAGCUCAAGGAGCUGUGUCAGGGCUUGGUGUCGGGCCCUGGAGGGGUAGAGAAGAUCUCAUCAGUCCAAAGGAGCUUGCUGGCCAAGAGACGACUGGUGCAGCUGAUCAACAACCGAGCCAAGCUGCUGGCCUUGUGCUCAUAUGUCAUUGAAACCUGCUUGUUUGUGCUGUGGCGACACCUAGAGUAUUAUUUGUUGCACUACACCCCGUCUGAUCCGAAAGACUCCAUGCUGACCGGAGCGGGAUCAUUCAGAACCCGCCUCGCAGACGAAUCCUUUGGUGCAUUGCAGGCUGGCGGCGGCCGUGGGCUGGGCUUGUCCAAAGUCAGCCAGCAGGACUUGGAUCAGCUGAAAGGCGACAUGGCGGCGGGCUUCGGCGAAGCUCUGCAGAGGAAGCUGCUGGAGGUGGAGAGCUCGUACAGCCAGGUCCGCUCCCGCUACACCUUCAUCCAGGCUCUGGUUCGCAGGAUUCGAGGUUUGCUGCGACAGCCCAAAAGUUGAAACGGACGACUGCGACGAGGAUCCAGAACUUUCUAUUUCUGAACAAACUCAUUUGUUAACCGACAGAAAACGGACUCUGAAGUUUAGUUUCCAUCACGGAUUUGUAUUAACUGGAUUGUAGAGAUUUGAUCUGGUUUGUCUUCAACUCCACCGGUGCAGAGAUAAAUGCUUACCUGUUUGAGAUUGAUUUUACACGUCAAGAGAAAUUUGAUACCAUUGUUUAUGCCUUUUCCUUUUGUGUAAAAUAAAUGAUUUCCUAAAACUG